AAUCCUACAUAUCACAGAACACAUAAUAAUUGCAAACCUUUCACUGCAAAAACUGAUAUGGCCCUCCAAAAUCUGAGUUCAACCUUACUUGUUACUGCACUUCCCCGCAGUUCUGUUCCUUCAGGAAGAAAUCAUAACAAAAUCUUUGCUACUGAACGCUCUGUUCAAUGCAUAAAAACUACAGCUACGAACAUUGACCAGGAUAGCGGUGCAGCUUUGAGAAGAAAUGCAAACUACCCACCAAGUUCCUGGGAUUACAAUUUCGUCAAGUCGCUAAACAGUGAUUUUACUGAAGAGAAAUAUGCAAGACAGUUGGAUGAGUUGAAGGACGAUGUGAAACGGCUCAUUUAUGCAGAAACGGAUGUUCCAUUGGCCAAGCUUGAGUUGCUUGACUCAGUUCAAAGGCUAGGGCUGAACUAUCAAUUCCAGAAUGAUGUAAAACAAGCAGUUGAUGUUAUUUAUAAUAAUAUCAGUGAUGCAUCGUUGAGCGACGAUCUUUAUACAACAGCUCUGCAAUUCAGAAUGCUCAGGGAGCAUGGAUACACUGUGUCACAAGAUGUGUUUGGGAGGUUCAAAGAUGACACGGGUAAUUUUAAGGCAAAUCUUUGCGAGGAUGUGAAGGGGUUGCUCAGCUUGUAUGAAGCAUCUUUCUUUGGUUUCAAAGAUGAAGAUAUCAUUGAUGAAGCAAAAGCCUUUUCGAGAAAGCACUUAAAGAAUGCUGUAGAAGGGAAAAUAUCCCCCAACAUGGCAGCAAAAGUGAACCAUGCCUUGGAUAUGCCUUUGCACUGGACAUUACCAAGGGUAGAGGCUAGAUGGUACAUUGAUGUAUACGAAAAAGAACAGAACAUGAACCCUAAUCUGCUAAAGUUCGCCAAGUUGGACUAUAACGUCAUCCAAUCAGUUCAGCAGAAAGAAGUCGGCAAACUAGCAAGUUGGUGGGUGGAAACUGGAUUGGACAAGAUGAGCUUUGCAAGAGACAGGUUGGUAGAACAUUAUUUCUGGUGCAAUGGAACAGUUCCUGAUCCAGAAUAUAAGGCUUUCCGAGAUAUGGGAACCAAAGUGAUUUGCUUACUAGUAAUCAUUGAUGAUUUGUACGAUAUAUAUGGCUCAUUAGAAGAGCUGGAGCUCUUUACAGAUUAUGUGGACAGAUGGGACAUAACAGAAAUUGACAGGCUCCCGAAGAAAUUGAAGACAGUUCUUCUUGCAAUGUUCAAUACUACAAAUCAAAUAGGAUACUGGACACUGCAAGAACGCGACUUUAACAUUAUACCAUAUUUAAGUAAACAAUGGACAUAUAUGUGUAAAGCUUUUCUCAAAGAAGCAAAAUGGUAUUAUUCCGGAUACAAGCCAACACUGGAGGAAUACAUGGAAAAUGGUGCAGUUUCAUCUGCGGCUCCAAUAGUAUUGUUUUGUGCUUAUUUCCUAACUGCUGAUAAGAUAACCGUCGAGGCCUUGGAUUAUAUAGACAAGCUUCCAAGCAUCAUGUGGUGCUCCUCCAUGAUUCUUCGACUAACCAAUGACCUUGGAACAUCAUCUGAAGAGUUGGCACGAGGAGAUAGUCUGAAAGCAGUCCAAUGUUACAUGAACGAUACUGGAGCAAGUGAAGCAGAGUCCAGAAAAUAUGUCGAUAGUAUAAUGCAGGAGACAUGGAAGAUUCUGAAUGAAGAUUUGCUUGGAAGUUAUCCUUUCAGUGAACCAUUUCUGACAGCCAAUCCAAAUUUGGCGCGAACAACCCAAUCCUUUUAUCAGUACGGAGAUGGACUUGGCAUGCCUCAGAACUGGAUCAAGGACCUUUUGAAAUCAUUAUUGGUGGAACCCUUUACUCUUAACCAUUAAUGUGCACAGCAUUUUGGUGCUGUGACCACCAGUUAUAAAGCCAUUUAUUUUCUCUUCAGUAAGAAUAAAUAAACAGUCUUGAAAUUUAGUUGUAUCUGGCAACUUCUGAUUUGGAUAGAUUAAAAUUGUCAUGCUGCUAGUGAAGGGUUUGCAGUUUUGAGAGUCGACUUCCAAACAGGGUUCAGCCGCCACUUCUCCGUUCUUCAAUCUUCAUCCCCUUCAUUGAUUAAAAAUAUUCGCUCUUCCAUCUUCUCUCGUAUUUAUUAGAUUUGUUUAAUAAAAAAUCUGAUCCUUUUUGGAUGAGUUCUUAUUUAGUACCUUGUUAUGUGCCUAUUUUUUGGGAUG